UCUCCUGCGCUCGGCGCGCCGGGGGAGGCUGCGAAGUUGGGCGUGUGCCGCGGAGUUCUCGGAGCGUCUUUGGGAUCGGCUUGGGAGGCAGGAGCGGGGCCAGGAGCGGGGCAUGGCUGAGCAGCCCGGCCCGCGGCUCCAGCGCGGGGCUGCGGCGGGCGAGGCGCGGCGCUGAGGAAGCCCCGGGACCCCCGAACCCCCCGGUCCCCCCGGAGCCGCCGGCAUGGCCCGCUGGAUCCCCACCAAGCGCGAGAAGUACGGGGUCGCCAUCUACAACUACGAGGCCGUGCAGGACGUGGAGCUGUCCCUGCAGGUGGGGGACACUGUUCACAUCCUGGAGAUGUACGAAGGCUGGUACCGAGGAUACACGCUCCGGAAUAAAUCCAAGAAGGGCAUUUUCCCAGAAACUUACAUCCAUUUAAAAGAGGCCAUCGUGAAGGACCGGGGGCAGCACGAGACAGUGAUUCCCAGCGAGCUGCCCCUCGGCCAGGAGCUGACGGCCACGCUGCGGGAGUGGGCAGUGAUCUGGCACAAGCUGUACGUGAACAACAAAACCACGCAGUUCAGGCAUGUCCAGCAGCUCACCUACAGCCUGAUAGAGUGGAGAUCCCAAAUCCUCUCCGGAACCCUGCCCAAGGAUGAACUGGCUGAGCUCAAGAAAAAAGUCACUGCCAAGAUUGACUAUGGCAACAGGAUCCUGGGUCUGGACCUGGUUGUCCGAGAUGACAAUGGGAACAUCUUGGACCCAGAUGAGACCAGCACAAUCUCCCUCUUCAAGGCCCAUGAAACUGCAUCCAAGAGGAUUGAUGAGAGGAUCCAGGAGGAGAAGUCCCUGCAGCAGAGUUUGGACCUCCGGGGACAGCCAAUAUUCAACUCCACACACACUUACAGCCUCUAUGUGAACUUCAAGAACUUCGUCUGCAACAUUGGGGAAGAUGCAGAGCUACUGAUGAGCCUCUAUGACCCUGACCUCUCCAAAUUCAUCAGUGAGAAUUACCUGGUUCGUUGGGGCAGCAAUGGGAUGCCUAAAGAAAUUGAGAAACUGAACAACCUCCAAGCAGUGUUUACUGACUUGAGCAGCUCAGACCUGAUCAGGCCCAGGAUCAGCCUGGUGUGCCAGAUCGUGCGGGUGGGGCACAUGGAGCUGAAGGAUGGCAAGAAGCACACCUGCGGGCUGCGCAGGCCCUUCGGCGUGGCAGUGAUGGACAUCACUGACAUCAUCCACGGGAAGGUGGACGACGAGGAGAAGCAGCAUUUUAUCCCCUUCCAGCAGAUUGCCAUGGAAACCUACAUCAGGCAGCGGCAGCUGAUCAUGUCCCCCCUGAUCACCUCCCACGUCAUCGGCGAGAACGAGCCCCUCACCUCUGUCUUCAACAAAGUCAUCGCUGCCAAGGAGGUCAACCACAAGGGCCAAGGUCUCUGGGUCUCCCUGAAGUUGCUCCCUGGGGAUCUAGCUCAGGUUCAGAAGGAUUUUUCCCACCUUGUAGACAGAUCCACUGCAGUGGCUCGAAAAAUGGGGUUCCCUGAGAUCAUCCUUCCUGGUGAUGUCAGGAAUGACAUCUACGUCACCCUGAUCCAGGGGGAGUUUGACAAAGGCAAGAAGAAAACACCCAAGAACGUCGAGGUCACCAUGUCUGUGCACGACGAGGAUGGGAACCUGCAGGAGAAAGCCAUCCACCCCGGGGCUGGCUACGAGGGAGUCUCGGAGUACAAGUCUGUGGUUUAUUACCAGGUCAAGCAGCCCUGCUGGUAUGAGACUGUCAAGGUGGCCAUUGCCAUAGAAGAAGUCAGUCGCUGCCACCUGAGGUUCACGUUCCGUCACCGCUCGUCCCAGGAGUCCAGGGAUAGAUCUGAGAGAGCUUUUGGCAUGGGCUUUGUGAAGCUGAUGAAUGCAGAUGGAACGACGCUGCAGGAUGGCAAACAUAAUUUGAUUGUUUACAAGGGUGACAACAAGAAAAUGGAAGAUGCCAAGAGUUAUUUGACUCUUCCUUGCACCAAAACAGAGAUGGAAGAGAAGGAGGCUCCCUCAGGGAAAAACCUGCACUCUCUGGCCAACUUCACCCCCACGAAGGACAGCACAAAGGACAGCUUCCAGAUUGCCACUGUCAUCUGCUCCACCAAACUCACCCAGAAUGUUGACCUGCUGGGUUUGCUGAACUGGCGCUCCAACGCCCACAACAUCGCCCACAACCUCAGGAAGCUCAUGGAGGUGGAAGGAGGAGAAAUAGUGAAGUUUUUGCCAGACACCCUCGAUGCACUUUUCAACAUCAUGAUGGAAAUGUCAGAAAAUGAAACGUACGAUUUCCUGGUGUUUGAUGCCCUGGUAUUUAUUAUUUCUUUGAUUGGAGACAUCAAGUUCCAGCAUUUCAACACUGUGCUUGAGACUUACAUCUACAAACACUUCAGUGCAACCCUGGCCUAUGUGAAACUCACCAAAGUCCUGAACUGCUACGUGGGGAAUGCUGAGGACUCCAGCAAGACAGAGCUGCUCUUUGCAGCCCUGAAAGCCCUGAAAUACCUGUUCAGGUUCAUCGUGCAGUCCCGGGUGCUGUACCUGAGUGUGUAUGGGAAAAGUGAAGAUGGGAAUGAAUUCAACGAUGCAAUUCGCCAGCUCUUCCUCUCCUUCAACAUCCUCAUGGACCGGCCCCUGGAGGAGGCUGUCAAGAUCAAGGGGGCAGCUUUAAAGUAUUUGCCAAGCAUCAUAAAUGAUGUCAAACUGGUAUUUGACCCCGUUGAGCUGAGUGUCCUCUUCAGCAAGUUCAUCCAGAGCAUCCCUGACAACCAGCUGGUCCGGCAGAAGCUGAACUGCCUGACCAAGAUCGUGGAGAGUGACCUGUUCAAGCAGGCUGAGUGCAGAGAUGCCCUCCUGCCCCUGCUCAUCGAUCAGCUGAGUGGGCAGCUGGAUGACAACUCCAGCAAGCCAGACCACGAGGCCAGCUCCCAGCUCCUGAGCAGCGUCCUGGAGGUCCUGGACCGCAAAGAUGUGGGUGCCACUGCUCUGCACAUCCAGCAGAUGAUGGAGCGGCUGCUGCGCCGGAUCAACCGCACGGUGAUCGGGAUGAGCCGCCAGAGCCCGCACAUCGGUAUUUUCGUGGCCUGCAUGACAGCCAUCCUGAGGCAGAUGGAUGAUUUCCAUUACAGCCAUUACAUCAACACUUUCAAAACCAGGCAGGACAUUAUUGACUUCCUGAUGGAAACAUUCAUUAUGUUCAAGGACCUGAUUGGGAAGAACGUGUAUGCACCUGACUGGAUGGUCAUGAACAUGAUGCAGAGCAGGGUUUUCCUCCGGGCAGUGAACCAAUUCACCUCCAUCCUCAACCGCUUCUUCCUGGAUCAAACUCAUUUUGAGCUCCAGCUCUGGAAUAACUAUUUCCACUUGGCAGUGGCCUUCCUCACUCACGAGUCCCUGCAGCUGGAGACCUUCUCCCAGGCCAAACGCAACAAAAUCAUCAAGAAGUAUGGGGACAUGAGGAAAGAAAUUGGCUUCAGAAUCAGGGAUAUGUGGUAUAACCUGGGUCCCCACAAAAUAAAAUUCAUCCCAGCAAUGGUGGGGCCAAUCCUGGAGGUGACCCUGGUCCCAGAGCCUGAGCUGAGGAAAGCAACAAUUCCCAUUUUUUUUGACAUGAUGCAGUGUGAGUUCAACUUCAGUGGGAACGGGAACUUCCACAUGUUUGAGAACGAGCUGAUCACCAGGCUGGACCAGGAGGUGGAGGGGGGCCGAGGGGAUGAGCAGUACAAGGUCCUGCUGGAGAAACUGCUGCUGGAGCACUGCAGGAAGCACAAGUACCUGGCAGCCCCAGGAGAGGUGUUUGCCCUGCUGGUCAGCAGCCUCCUGGAGAACCUGCUGGACUACAGGACCAUCAUGCACGAUGAGAGCAAGGAGAACCGCAUGAGCUGCACUGUCAACGUGCUGAAUUUCUACAAGGAGAAGAAGCGAGAGGACAUUUACAUCAGGUAUCUGUACAAGCUCAGGGACCUGCACACAGACUGUGAGAACUUCACUGAGGCUGCCUACACCCUGCUCCUGCACGCUGAGCUGCUCCAGUGGUCAGAGAAGCCCUGUGUGCCUCACCUGCUGCAGAGGGACUCCUACUGUGUGUACUCCCAGCAGGAGCUCAAGGAGAAACUCUACCAGGAGAUCAUCUCCUUCUUUGACAGGGGCAAGAUGUGGGAAAAGGCCAUUCAGCUGAGCAAGGAGCUGGCUGACAUGUACGAGAACAAGGUCUUUGACUACGAGGGACUUGGCAAUCUCCUGAAAAAAAGAGCCACUUUUUAUGAGAACAUCAUGAAGGCUAUGAGACCUCAGCCCGAGUACUUUGCUGUGGGAUACUAUGGACAGGGUUUUCCCUCCUUCCUCAGGAACAAGAUUUUCAUCUACCGUGGCAAGGAGUAUGAGCGCAGGGAGGAUUUUAACCUGAAGCUGCUGACCCAGUUCCCCAGUGCUGAGAAGAUGACCAGCACAGCCCCUCCAGCAGAGGAGAUCAAGGCUUCCCCCAAACAGUAUGUGCAGUGCUUCAUUGUGAAGCCUGUGAUGAACCUGCCACCUAAUUACAAAGAUAAACCUGUUCCUGAACAGAUCUUAAACUACUACAGAGCCAACGAGGUGCAGCAGUUCACUCACUCCAGACCUGUCAGGAAAGGAGAGAAGGAUCCAGACAAUGAGUUUGCUAACAUGUGGAUAGAGAGAACAACCUACACGACAGCUUAUUCCUUUCCAGGCAUCCUCAAGUGGUUUGAGGUCAAACAGGUCACAACGGAGGAGAUCAGCCCCCUGGAGAAUGCCAUAGAAACCAUGGAGCUGACCAAUGAGAGGAUCACCAACGUGGUGCAGCAGCAGGGCUGGGACCGCAGCCUGCCCGUGCACCCCCUGUCCAUGCUGCUCAGUGGCAUCGUGGACCCCGCGGUCAUGGGGGGCUACACCAACUAUGAGAAGGCCUUCUUCACAGAGAAAUAUCUCCAAGAACAUCCUGAAGAUCAAGACAAAAUUGAGCUGCUCAAACAACAAAUUGCUAUACAGAUGCCUCUCCUGGCAGAGGGGAUCCGGAUCCACGGCGAGAAGCUGACAGAGCAGCUGAGGCCGCUGCACGAGAGGCUCACAUCCUGCUUCAGGGAGCUCAGGAGGAGGGUGGAGAAGCAGUACGGGGUCAUAACUCUGCCCCCGGCGCUGACCGACAGGAAGCCGAGCCGCUCGGGCUCCGUGGUUCUGCCCUACAUCAUGUCCUCCACCCUCAGGAGGCUCUCGGUCACCUCCGUGGCCUCCUCUGUGGCCUCCACCUCGUCCACCUCGUCCGACAGUGCUUCCUCCAGGCCAGGCUCUGACGGAUCUACCCUGGAGCCUCUCUUGGAGAGGAGAAUAUCUACAUCUUCCAGAGCUGAGGAGCUGCCUGUGAAAGAAGAUGGUGACAACAGGAUUAGCAAACUCAAGAGGAAGGAGUGGAGCAUUAGCAAGUCUCAGGUUAUUGUGGAGAAGGAGCCAGAAACAGAACUGACUUCCAAAAUGCAGGGCCCAGCAGGGAAGGCCCAGAGGCCCAAGAGUCUGCAGCUGGGGGACACCAGGCUGACCCUGCUGCAGGGCCCCUCGCUGCAGCAGCCCACCUGCAGCCCUCCCCCCAUCACCCCCAAAACCCCCCGGACCCAGAGCUCCCCCUCCUUGCAGGCUGAUGGAUUGGCCACACCACCGCCUCCUCCCCCCAAGAGCAAACCCUACGAGAGCAGCACCCCCAGGAACUCUGUGGAGCAGAGAGAUCCCAGCUCCAGGGAUGCCAUGGGAGUCACUGGAUCAAGAGGAUUAAUAAAAGAGCCUCCUUCCCUUGGGUCUUGCAAGGAAACUAAUUCCUGCCACGUCCUGGCCUGCAGCAUCCCCUUGGCUGGCAGCCAGAGGGAGAGAAUUCCCAGAGCUGAAGAGGUUGCUCCAGCACUGCCCAGCAGGCGAGAGGCCAAACCUCCCCCUCCACCCCCCAAAACCAGGAAAUCCAGCGUGGUGUCCUCGGAGCAGGGGCUGCCCUGAGCCUUUGGGGUCCCAGCAGAGCCCAGCCUGCAGUGGCUGCUCCAUUUCCUGCCAGCCUGGCAUCAAACCUGCCUCCCCCACUGCCCUGGAGCCUCCUGGGAGACCCCACCAAGGAAACGUGGCUGGGCCUGGGCUCCCUCCCCUGAGCUUGCCUGUGCAGUGCUGACACAGCCACCCAGACCUGUCCCUGCUGGAAUUCCUCUCCCUCCUGAGCUGGUCACUGCUGCAAUCCCAGCAGCUCCUUCCCAGUGUCACUGGGAAUCCUGGCUGGUCUCACUGGGGCAUCACUGCAGGCAGAGGCUCCUGCCUGGCUCAGGGGGGUCUGCCCAGCUCUGCUUGGUUUGGUGCAAGAUCUCAUUUUGUGCUUUGAACGGGGUGAAAGAAAUCCCUCCUGGGAAUGUCUGAGAUGACAGAAGCAGCUCUUUGGCCAGGGCUGGACUGGCACCACUGCCCUGGUACCAGAACUGGACUGGCACCACUGCCCUGGUACCAGGGAUGGAUUGGUGCCACUGCCCUGGUACCAGGGCUGGACUGGCACCACUGCCCUGGUACCAGAACUGGACUGGUGCCACUGCCCUGGUACCAGGGCUGGACUGGCACCACUGCACUGGUACCAGAACUGGACUGGUGCCACUGCCCUGGUACCAGGGCUGGACUGGCACCACUGCACUGGUACCAGAACUGGACUGGUGCCACUGCCCUGGUACCAGGGCUGGACUGGCACCACUGCACUGGUACCAGAACUGGACUGGUGCCACUGCCCUGGUACCAGGGAUGGAUUGGUGCCACUGCACUGGUACCAGGGAUGGAUUGGUGCCACUGCCCUGGUACCAGGGCUGGACUGGCACCACUGCCCUGGUACCAGAACUGGACUGGUGCCACUGCCCUGGUACCAGGGAUGGAUUGGUGCCACUGCCCUGGUACCAGGGCUGGACUGGCACCACUGCCCUGGUACCUGAACUGGGCUGGCACCACUGCCCUGGUACCAGAACUGGGCUGGCACCACUGCCCUGGUACCUGAACUGGGCUGGCACCACUGCCCUGGUACCAGGGCCAGACUGUUUCCAUCUCCACAGGUACCAGGACUGUACUGGUACCAGUUCCAUAAGCAGCUCAUGGCCUGUUUAUUUAUCAUCAAUAUUGAUGAAGAUUUUUCUUUCUCUUCCAGGAAAUAAUUUUGUUUGUUCAUUCUGUCAUUUUGCUUCUGAUCAUCUUGUAGGAGUUGGGAGGAGCCACUAAAACCCUGCUGAGGGUGUUGCUCAUAUAGGAAAUACAAUUUCUGUUAGGCUGGGGGUUCAUGGGCCAUUACUGUGCUCCCCUGACUGAAAUGGGUUUCUGACCUUACUGAAAAAACAAAGUUUGUUAAACCUAAUGAAAAGUUUCCUCAGCUUUUUCAGGGAAAAUCAAACCCAACAAAACCCAACCCAACAAAAUCCAUCCCCAGGAAGGUUUUGCUCAGACUGAAAUUGUCAUUUUCUUUUGUCCUUCCCAAUUCUUUUGACAUCUGUGUGACUGCAGGGGCUGCUGUGCUGCCUGGAAGCAGAUUGCCCUCAUCCCAGAGUCAUCCCAGAGUGCCACCAGCUCCAGCCUGGAGCUGCUCUGGAGGUGGCACUGCAGUCACAUCCCAUCCAUCCCCAGCCUGAUUGCUGCAAGCACUUCCAGCUGUCUCCAGGCUGCUGCUCCUCAGGGGAGAUCUUGGGACUCUCCCUGGACACCCUGGCAGCUUUUCCCUCUCUGGGGCUCUGUGGGACCUGUCAGCUCCUCCUUGUGUUCCUGGACACAGACUCUGCUUGGCUUGAACCCCACUGGGUUUUCCUGCCUGUCCCUUUCCUGUGCACUCUCCCCCCCUGCUGCUCCCCGGGGCCCUCAGAAGGUUUCCCUCAGAGCAGCUUCUUGUCUGGGCUGAGGAUUCUGCUUCAGGCACACAGCAGGAUGUGUCUGAGCUGUCUGAGGCACCUCCACUGUUCAUUCAGUGCCUGUCCCCACUCUGCCCUCAGUCCUGGGUGCUUCUCAGACAGGUUGGCUUGAACUCUGAACCAGCAGGAGCAGGGGAGGCUGAGCAGGGAUCCCAGGAAUGCUUUCCCUGGUGUGGGCAAACAGACUGAGCUGUCAGGUUUGGCUGGUUUGGUUCUAAGGGACUUUGGACUCCUCUUUUCCAGCCCUUUUUGUUCUGCUUUAACAACCUUAACAUACAGAGGUACCUUUGCCAUCCAGGUUUUUUCCUGGGGAAGGAAAACUCCCUCUAGAAAACACUCCCAGGAGGAGGUCUGACAUUGGGAAGAAUUUUUCAGCUGAUCUUUAACCAGAUUUUCUCUCUUUCCUUGGGGAGAUUUGGCUCUGGCUGUGUUUUUUGCAGUUCCAGGCCAGGAUGUUGAGCAGAAUCUUUGGCAUAUUGGUGGUGAAUUAUCCCUCCCUCCCUGCCUGCCUUCAGGCCUGCCCUGCCUCAAAAUUGCUCCUCUCACCUUGAACCUCACCUAGGUUUGCUGCUCACAAGUUCAGGCUUCUCCAGUCCCUCCCUGUGCCUGCCCAGUUUGGGAUGGGGCACCCCCUGACCUGGGAGGAGAGGAGCAGCUGCCACCAAAGAGUUCAGAACAAGUUUUCCCUUCCCUGGACAUUUUGGGCAUUUUCACUGGCAAAUUUGCCACAAAGGGCUCUAAAUUUGGUUCUUCUUUUUCCCUUCUCAGCAUUAUUUAUGUUCUAGAGUUUGUAAACUUGUCCCACUCCUGCUCCUUUUGGCAGUGUCCCCACACUGGGGUCCAGUUCUCUUACCUGGCUGGUAAAAGUUGGCAUCACUGGCUCAGAGGUGCAAGCUGGAAUUUCUGUUCUGUGCCCAAAGGAUUCAGGGCUUUGGGUCAGUUUUGGGGAAAAAAAAAUAAUCCAAGUGUCAGAUUUUUAAAGGCAGUUGGGCAUUGAAGUGUGUGAGGAAGAGCAGGGCAUUCAGCUGAUUUUAAAUGAGUGGAAUUAAGUGCCCACUCUUAGGAGAAAUCCCUCUGGAGCCCUCGUGUUGUGUUGGCUCUUUGCUUGGGUACCUGCCAGACUUGAGUUGGGAGAUUUAACUUUCAGGGGCAAUUUAAGGUGUCUCUACCUUGUUUUUUUAAAUGAGAAUCAUCUCUUCAUGUUCAUUAGGUGCUCUAGGAAAUGCCUCUAAUGUGGGAAUAGAAAUUCCACAGUGAUGAUCUGUGCACAUCACAAAUUACAGCAAUUUCUGCCCAAUUCAUGGGUUUGAAUAAAAUCUCAAAGAGGAGACAAAACCUAAUCCCAUUUCAGAGCCAAGCUGUUCAAAGCUGCUGUGAAAUUUCAAGUCUUGGAGGAUUUCAGUUUUAUUCCUUUGCAGAAAUGUGCUCAAUACUUGUUUUCUGGAGGUUUUAAUUAAGAUUUGUCAUGCUGUGAUAAAUUCCUUUCAAAAUGUGACAGGCUCUAAUCCCCACCAGGGCAGAGGGGAGCAGCAGCUCUGCCUUUCAGUGGAUGAUGGGAUUAGGAAAGGACAGGGCUUCCAGGGAGAGCAGCUCUGUGAUCUGCAUGGCACAGAGCUCCAGCAGGGAUCUGCAGGGGCUUUCUGGGCUCCUGCGUCCCAUAAAGUCCCAGCUCCCAGCCCAGGGUUUGCUCCAGGCUCACACUGAGUUGGACUUGCAGUGACAAUGCCCCAGAUUUUCCUCUCCUUAUUUAUUUUUACCAUUGUAAAUGCAAAUAAUAACUUUAAAUCUGUAAUUUAAUAAAUUUUUUAAUAGAGUGAAAACAUUCCUGACCUGCUUAUGCUACCUUCUUUUGAUUAUUUUUAUUUUAAUUAAAAACUUGACCUUAUUUUUACCAAAUCCUGUGGUGGCCCAGGGUAAGCUUUCCCAAAGACUACAGCAGGGAGGAAAAAUAAACAAAUAAAGUGAUUUUAUGGCUGUUGAAAAGCACGAGGUUCCCCUGGUUCUUCCCUCUGAACAUUAAUUAAAGCACUUUUAGGACACUUUGGGCACUACAGGGGUUACUCAAGGGACGUUCACACCUUAACCCAUUUUGCAGGUCCAUGUGGUGCUGGUUUGUGGUUUUAGGCAGAGUUCACCCCGGGGUACACUGGAUUCACUUUUCUCACUGUGGUGUCACAAAGGUUUCAUCCCUGUGAACCCUGGGGUGAGUUUGCUGUGAGUCCAGGAGGAUUUGGGUGUUGUGGAAGGAGUUUUUGUGGGUUCUGGGAUCCUGGGUUGGUGGUUUCAGUGCAAACCCACUUUUGCAGACUGCAAAUAAAAUGUUAGGGGGUUUUUCAGUCCUUUGCAACAGAAUCAGUAAAAAAUUCAGCUUUGAAGUGGCUCUGGAGAGAGCUCUGGGAAGGGACUGCAGCUCUCUGGGUGAAUGGCACACCAUUCACUCAGUCUGUGAAGCAAGGUGUACACAUUGUUGGGGGGUUUAAAUGUAAUGAUUGUUGUAAAGUUUGUAAAUACAUUUUUUAAAUAAAUGUCGUUUUUAUGACUGAACCAGAAAAAA